CACUUUAGGCAGGCAGUGACGCUAGACAUGUGACACGCGAUCACCAGAAUGCGGAAAGAGUCCCGAGGAUCUUGUUUGGGGGUUUACGGUUUUAUCAACAAAGCGUAUAAGCGGCAAUUAACAGUUUAAUUUUCUAAUAUUUGGGCGUUUGUGUUGUCAAGAAAGAAACGGACAAUUGAAAACACAAAUCCUGCUGCUAAAAUAAAAGCAAAAUGUCAUCGGAAGAGUUUGAAAAGCUGCAGGAGAUCUUCAAAUCCCUUUAUGACGAACUGAAGUUGAUGCCUGACAGAUUACUGAAAUGUCAAGGAGAGGAGAAGAAGAGGUUGGUGAGAACUUUUGACGAAAGACACGGAGAGGCAGUGGAAGUGCUGCAGGGGAUGGAGCAGGAGUUGAUCGGUGUUCCCUCGUCCUACCGGAACGCCAUGUCUACCAGGCUGCGUCUGUUCCGCAGAGACCUGGGGAAGCUCCAGAGAGAGGUGAAGAGCUCUGACCUGUCCUCUACCCGGCCAGCAGAAGGCGCCUACGGCAUCUACUCCUCUCAGAACGAACACAGCACCCAGCUUCAGUCUCAGAGGGCCUUGCUGAUCCAGGGACACGAGCACCUGAACAACGCCAGUCAGAGUAUAGAGAGGAGUCAGCGCAUCGCCGCAGAGACAGACCAGAUCGGCGUGGACAUCAUCGAGGAGCUGGGAGAGCAGAGAGAACAGCUGGACCGCACCAGAGACCGACUGGUCAACACUGGGGAGAACCUCAGCCGGAGCAGGAAGAUCCUACGAGCCAUGUCUCGACGACUGAUGACCAACAAGCUGUUGUUAUCCGUCAUCAUGCUGAUGGAGCUGGGCAUCCUGGGUGCAGUCGUCUACCUCAAGUUCUUCCGCAAGUAGGAGGUGACGCAUCAACAAGCAAUACAGGACGGGAGUGUAACCCGAGCCGUGUUUCAAUCCAGGAUGUACCGGACCGGACCGAACCCAGGAACGUUAUAUGAAUACUGGACAUUGAUCUGAUACAGACUUGUUAAUGUUGUCGUCUGAUACAGGAGUGAACUCCCCUUGGUUCUGUCCACACUUUAUCACGAAGAAGUUUCUGCAGUUGUUUAUGUACUGACUCGAGUUGCUGUGUAGGAUGCUUUUUUUUUUUUGUGUGUGUGUGUUUUUGUCUCAGGUCUGAGCGUUAAAGGCCUCAUCAAUCCUACCCAUGCUCCUUUACUCUUAGUCUCGACAUAGAACUCUACUGCUGUAGGGGCCUUCCGAGUGGCGCAGUGGUCUCAGGCUCUGCAUCGCAGUGCUAGCUGUGCCACUAGAGAUGCUGGGUUCGAGCCCAGGCUUUGUUGCGACCGGGAGACCCAUGGGACGGCGCACAAUUGGCCCAGUGUCGUCUGGGUUAAGGGAGGGUUUGGCCGGCAGGGAUGUCCUUGUCACAUCGCGCACCAGCGACUCCUGUUGUGGGCCCGGGAGCUGACACAUUGGUGCGGUUGGCUUCCGGGUUAAGUGUGUGCGUUGUGGCUGGGUCGUGUUUCCCAGGAUGCACGGCUCUCGACCUUAUCCUCUCCCGUAUGAGACAAGACUGUAACUACCAAUUGGGGAGAAAAAAAGGAGGUAAAAUAUGUAUAAAUAUAUAUGAACUCUACAACUAAUGCUGCUGUUAUGACAACACCUUGAGGGCUGAGCAGUUGAAGGAUUCAUCCAUGCUAACUUUGUGAACUACUCAGUCUUUCAGUGAAAUGCAUGAAAUUAAAAAUAUGCGUUCUCCACUAAUGAAUUCCCUCUAUAGAUAUACCCAUUGACAUGUACUAACAAUAACAGAAAGUAAUGAAUUGAUAUAAAUGUGGUUUUUAAAUGUA